CCCGGAAGUAAUAUGGAGUCUCUCUGGUCUCCUGUACCCUGACGUGAUUCCGCUUUCCUGUCAGUAUCAUGGCGCUGGAGGCCACUCGGGGAAUGAUGGAAGAUGAAGAGUUGGAGGACGGGGAGCUGAGCGGCUCCGAUACAGAUAUGAAGGUGUCGGCGGACAGAGCCCAGCAUCAGGUAGCCGGCAGUGCAUGGCGUGCUAAACUUGGUUUACCCGCUGCUGGUGGCUACAGAAGCAAUGCAGCUCUGCCUUUAAGUGUCCCGUACCGAAGUGUCAAAGGUUUGGAUUCUAGUGACGAAAGCUUUUCUGAUUCUGAUGAAGAUGAGGGUUCUCUGUGGAAACGUAAACGCCAGAAGUCUUCCCACCCUCCUCCAGAAGUGUCAAGACCAACAGUGGCCUCGGCUCCCAUGCAGUGCACACAGGCAGCAAGAGCAAAGAAUAACAUCUGGGGGGCAGUGCUUCAGGAGCAGACACAAGAGGCUGUAGCUGCCGAGCUUGGAAUUAUGGACAUGGAUGGUCAGAUAGAUAUGAGCAGGCAGUCCGAGACUUAUAAUUAUGUCCUAGCCAAGAAAAUGAUGACCAAAGAAAAUGACGAGGAGAAGUUAAAACUAGACAAAGAAUUGGAUGAGUAUAUGCACGAAGAUAAGGAUCGUGUGCCAAAAGAAGAGAACGGUCACCUAAAGAGGAAGCGACCUUUGAAAGAGAGGCUUGGCGAAAGAUUAGACAUGGACUAUAAAGGCCGAUACGAAAUAACUGAGGGUGAUCCGGAACACAAAGUUUCUGAUGAAAUAGCACACAGGUUGCAUGAACCUAAAAAAGAUCUGAUCGAACGAGUUGUGAAAACCAUUGGCACCAAGAAGGCGAUUGAGCUUCUAAUAGAGACUGCCGAGGUGGAACAGAAUGGGGGACUCUUUAUUAUGAAUGGAAGCAGAAGAAGGACUCCUGGUGGUGUCUACUUAAACCUUUUGAAAAACACACCGAGUAUUACAUCAGAUCAAGUGAAGGAGAUAUUUUACAUGGAAAACCAGAAGGAAUAUGAGAGUAAAAAGGCUGCAAAGAAGAGGAGGCGUCACAUACUGGGGAAGAAGGCUAAGGAGGCCAUCAAAGGCCUCAACUUCCAGGAACAUGACGAUACAUCAAGGGAGACAUUUGCAAGUGACACAAAUGAAGCUUUAGCGUCUCUAGAUGAUGAAAACUCCGAAAUUAAAGCAGACACUGAAGAUGCCAUCGAGAUUGACAAUUCCCAUGACUUGGAAACAUUUUAACUGGAGCCUCGCUAGGACUUUACCCAAAUGUGUAUUUACUAGUUCCAAUUUAAGACUUUUUUUUGUUGUUGUUGCUUCAGAAGUGACAAAAUUUACCAGUUACGUGUAGAUUGAAAUUAGUAAUGGCAUUGCUUAUUACAUGUACCUCAGUUUUUUUGGGGUAAGUUUUGAUUUUUGUACUUUUGUUUUGUCUUUUUGCCUUAU